GUAGUUAAUGUAAUGUAACUUGGCACAAUGUUAGCAGUAAAUAUUUCCUUCUUAAUUUUCCUUGGUUUUAUUUCCAUUAAUUAUGGAGCAAAUAUUUUAGCAAUAAUGCCAACUGCCUCCUUCAGCCACCAAGUAGUUUUCAGGCCCUUAUGGAAAGAACUCGCAAAUAAGGGCCACAAUAUUACCCUAGUGACAACUGACCUCAUGGAAAACAUGCCUAAUUUGACGCAAAUCGACUUGAGUUAUGGUUAUAGUCAUUACCAAAAGCAAAACUUUGUUGAUAUUAUAAGUAACGACUCUAGUAGUUUCUACGAAAUGGCAAUGGCAGCUAGAAAAGCCACAAACGAAACAAACAACCAAUUUUUCCAGAGCCCGGAAGGGCAAAAUCUAAUUCACAAUCCAGACAACCUCUUUGAUUUACUUGUGGUCGAAGCUCAGCUGCCUACCAUGAUGGUUUUUAGUUGGUGGUACCAAAUACCAUUUGUUGGUGUGAGCUCUUUGGAUUGUGCUCUUCAAUACCACGAAUCGGCUGGCAAUCCGAUACAUCCGAUAGCCAAUCCAGAUACGAAUUUUCCUUUGAAUGAUGUUUUUGAAAUGACUUUUUGGGAAAGGUUGAAUAGUUUUUUGUAUAUUAACUUGUACAGGUGUUUGAUUCGGUUUUUGACGUUUCGAAAUGAGAGAAGAAUGCUUCAGCAAUAUUUUGGAGAAGCUGUGCCAAAUAUUGUGGAUAUACAAAACAAUUUGAGUUUGUUGCUCAUUGAUACGAAUCCUAUUUUCCAGCCUGUUAGGCCAUUGAUGCCUAAUACUAUUACUAUUGGAAAUGGGAUGCAUUUAGGAGAAUCUCAACCAUUAACAGCUGAUUUGCAAGACUUCCUAGACGAUGCCAAAGAAGGAGCCAUUUAUUUCAGCUUGGGCAGCAACAUAAAAGGCAAAAACUUAAAUGACACCGUUAAAAAAUCAUUAUUGGAAGCAUUUACAAGUAUGCCUUACAAAGUACUUUGGAAAAUCGAUCAUAAAUUUGACAAAGUACCAAAGCAUGUCAGGAUUCAAAAGUGGUUCAGUGCACAGCAUGAUAUUUUAAGACAUCCAAAUAUCAAAGUAUUCAUCACCCAAGGUGGUCUACAAUCGAUGCAAGAGUCGGUGCACGCUGGUAAACCUAUGAUAGGAAUACCAUUCUUUGGUGAUCAACACAUGAAUGUUAAACGUAUGGUGCAGCUUGGCUAUGGCCUAAAAGUGCACAAGCAUAAUAUUACAAAACAAUCUAUCCAAGAAGCUGUAGAGGAGAUCAUGGAUAAACCAAUAUACACUGAAAAUGCUCAAGAGUAUGGAAGGAUAUUUAGGGACGUUGAAGUGCCAAAUUUGGACAAAGCUGUCUGGUGGCUUGAGUAUGUCAUUAGGCAUAAAGGUGCUAGGCAUUUGAGGAAUCCAAUGCUGGAAAUGCCUUUUUGGCAAAUUUAUAUGUUGGAUGUAAUUGGGUUAAUUUUGCUAUGUUUUGUAGCUGUGGUUUUUGUAGGGAAGCUUAUUGUGAAGACCAUAUAUAGGAAGUUGAUUGUAAAUAAAGAAAAAAAGACAAAUUAAUUAAUUAGAGAAUAUAUUAUGCAUACACUUGAUCAGUGUUACCAGAUUGG